AUGAGGACAGGCUUCCCAGACACCAAUGGAAGCUCAAAUGGCGCUGACGACCUGCGCAAAACUGCCUUAAUCGAUGUCGAGCUCAAAAGACUUAACAUAGCGGUUUCCGCACUGCAAGAGACCAGAUUACCGGACGAAGGCUCAAUACGCGAGGCCUCAUAUACAUUUUUCUGGAAGGGAAAGGACUCUACUGCCGCACGUGAGCAUGGCGUUGGUUUCGCAAUCCGCAAUGAUCUCCUUUCCGCAAUCGAAACUCCUCGAGGAAUUUCGAAGCGCAUUAUGGUGUUGAGGAUGCGAAGCAACUGCGGCUUUGUUACUUUUAUUUCCGCAUAUGCCCCAACACUAGUUUCACCUGACGAAGCCAAAGACCAAUUUUACGACCAACUCACUGAGACGGUACGUGGCGUAAGUUCUAGUGACAGACUUUACAUCUUGGGUGACUUUAACGCCCGGGUCGGCCAGGACAGCUCUGCUUGGCCCGAUUGUGUGGGCCCCCACGGCAUUGGAAAACUCAACGAGAACGGACAACGUUUACUUGAGUUCUGCUCGAGCCAAUUGCUGUGUGUGACCAAUACUUUCUUCAAGGGUAAGCCUAUGCGUAGGGUGUCCUGGAAGCACCCUCGCUCUGGUCACUGGCACCAGCUAGACCUAGUCCUCACCAGAAGAAAAGACCUCCGCGAAACCAUUCACACGCGUACAUUCCACAGCGCGGAAUGUGACACUGAUCAUUCCCUAGUAGUAACACGUGUAGCCCUGAUCCACAAAAAGAUUCAUUCGUCCAAACCACCUGGUAAGAAGAAAUUAGACCUUCCUAAAACUAGGCAUGACGAUUUGAUUCGUGAUUUUGAGGAUUUGGUACGUAAGGAGACUGAAACUUGGGAUGUAAAUGCGACCGUCGAAGACGAAUGGAGUAAUGUCAGAGCUCUUCUCACGGAAACAGCUGCCAAAGCUUUCGGCUAUCAGAGAGCUAAAUCUCAAGACUGGUUCACUGAAAAUAUAGAGCAACUUUCACCCUUGCUUGACUCUAAACGCGACGCUGCUCUUGCUCACCGUCUGAAUCCUAAUCCAAAGACGCGCGAAGAGCUUACAAUUUCUAAAGCAGCUCUUCAACGCAGCACACGCCACUUUGCGAAUGUCUAUUGGACCAAUAUUUGCCACAACAUCCAAGCGUGUGCAGACUCAGGAAACUUCAGCGGUGUGUACUCUGGUAUAAAACAGGCCAUCGGCCCAGUUUCCAAAAAGACAGCUCCCCUUAAAGAAGCUGAUGGCUCUGUUAUAACAGAUCGUCAUCGUCAAAUGGAACGUUAG